UACUUCUACCUUACACUUACCCCCCCCAUCUUCCUUCAACCAUUUCAUUCUCAUCCUCUUCCCUCACCGCCUCUUUCUCUCCCUACGCUAGCACGCAAUUCCUCCAUGACCUCCACCCUCCCUUCCUCUUCCCCUUGGCCCAAUCCAACAAACCCUAAUUUCGUCUCCCCUCACAUGUCUCCAAAUUCCGAUUCCGUUGAUCUCUCCGAUAUCUCCGCCGCCGUCACUGACGCCGCCGUUAACGAUGAACCCCGUUCCGUCACCGUCACCGUCACCUCCCCCACUAACUCCACCGUCAUUACCCCUAAUCCUAGCCCUAAUUCCGUUGAUUCAUCACCUCCGAAUGUACUCUACCUCUCCUUCAACCAGGAUUACGGUUGCUUCGCAGCGGGUACAGAUCGCGGGUUCCGGAUCUACAACUGUGACCCGCUCCGGGAGAUUUUCCGACGCGAUUUUACCGGCACUUCCAACACUGGUGGUGGAAUCGGUGUUGUUCAGAUGCUUUUCCGGUGCAAUAUAUUAGCUUUAGUUGGUGGAGGUAACGAACCUCAGUAUCCCUUAAACAAGGUUAUGAUUUGGGAUGAUCAUCAAUCUAGGUGUAUUGGUGAGCUAUCGUUUCGAUCUGAGGUGAAAUCUGUGAGGUUAAGAAGGGAUAGAAUUGUGGUUGUUUUGGCUCAAAAGAUAUUUGUAUACAAUUUCUCUGAUUUGAAACUGUUACAUCAGAUUGAGACCGUUGCGAAUCCUAAGGGUUUGUGCGAGGUUUCACAAGUGUCGGGAUCAAUGGUUUUGGUUUGUCCAGGUUUGCAGAAGGGUCAGGUGAGGGUGGAACAUUACGCGUCUAAGAGGACUAAGUUUAUAUUGGCACAUGAUUCGAGGAUUGUGUGUUUCGCGUUGACGAAUGAUGGGAGGUUGUUGGCUACUUGUAGCAGUAAAGGGACUCUUGUUAGAGUGUAUAAUACUUUAGAUGGAUCUUUGGUUCAAGAGGUCAGGAGAGGUGCAGAUAGAGCAGAAAUUUAUAGCCUUGCUUUUUCUCCAACUGCACAAUGGUUAGCUGUUUCCAGUGAUAAAGGAACUGUCCAUGUAUUCAAUCUAAAGGUUGAUUCACCAGCUUUAGGAGUUGAUAGACCAAGAGGGGCAUCUGAGUCAAAUGCUACAUCUCCAUCAGCUGUGUCUCAUCUCUCCUUUAUUAGAGGUGUGCUACCAAAGUAUUUCAGCUCUGAGUGGUCUGUGGCGCAGUUCCGCUUACAAGAAGGUCUGCAGCACAUUGUGGCCUUUGGUCACCAAAAGAAUACGGUUGUGAUUCUUGGCAUGGAUGGCAGUUUCUACCGAUGCCAGUUUGAUGCAGCAGCUGGUGGGGAGAUGACCCUGUUGGAGCAUCACAGUUUCUUGAAGUCUGAGGAGAACUUUUAAUUUGGGAAAGCUAGCUGGGUGCGUGCUAUGGAUCUCUUUGCUAGCCUCCUCCUUGUGUGGCUUUUGUUGUAUCUAUUUAUAAAUUCGCAGGGGGACGUGAUAGUAAAUGUAAAUAUGCAUAGAUAAUCCAAAAAAAAAAAAAUGUAAAUCUAUAAGAAGAUGAGAACCGGUCAGCUUUUGUAACAACCUUCUGGCUGUACAUAGGUUACUGCUGCGCAUAUUGCCGGAUAACAAUAUUGUUAUGAGCA